AUGGCAGACGACUGCGCUGGCGGCGGAGACCGCGCCGCCAGCAGCAUGGCGAGCGGCAGCGGCGGCGGCGGCGCGCCGCCCGGAUCGUGUGACUUUGGCGGCCAUGUCAUCAGCAGCGACGCCAGCGGCGGCGGCGCGGACGGCGCAACAACCCUGCUGGAGCUGCCAGAUCAUCUCUUGCUGGAGGUUCUGGCCCUCACCGACCGCGCCGCUCUCUGCUCGGCCUCGCGGGCAUGCCGCAGGCUGUGCGCUAAGGCAGAGCGCCCCGAGCUGUGGCCGGGCUUCUCAGAUGACGGGCCCGUGCUGCGCCGCGUGAGGCGCGCCAUGGCGGAGGCCCUGCGAAUCCCGCCGCAGGCGUUCGCGUGCCACCUGGACCUGAAGCGCAGCCGCCACUUCCCGGUGUGCGCCCCGACAUACAGCCUGAGGCCCCUCCUGCGCACGCCCGACCCCGAGGCUCUCGCCAGCGCCGCCAGCCGCGCGCUGCAGGACCGCGCAGAGCGCGCCGCCCCGCGGCUUUGGCAGCUGCCCAGCCCCCGCGCCUGGCCGGCUGUGGCCGUCGUCGCCGUCUGCCGCUCCGACCGCGCCUGCGUGCGCUUUGGGCUGCGGCCGGCGGCCGCGGUUGCGGCGGUAGCCGACGAGAUUGCGCUGAUGGGUUGGCCACCGCAGCAGUGUGACGGCGACGGCGGCGGCGGCGGCGGCCUAGCGCCCUGCAGCUGCGGCGACAGCCCAGGAGACGUGGGGCCCCAAGAUGGUGGCGGCGGCAACGGCGACAGCGGGACGGCUGAGGGAGAAGCGUGGCUGGCGGCGGGUCCGCGAGAGGGGCCGUGUGGCGGGGCCGAGGCGGCUUUCCAAGACGACCGGCUGGAGUUGGCGGUGCUGGAG